AGCCAGGCCUUGAGUUCAAGUCCUAGGGCCAUAUCAAAAGAAAAAAAGUCAUUAAUUGUUUACCUCGGGUAUUAUUUAGUCUCAAAGGCAUCAAGAUUCUAUUCCUUUAAUACUCCUUGAUUACUCUAUAGUUUCAAUUUGAUAGAUAAUAUUUGCUCAUAUUUCAAAGAUUUACUACAAGUCAGAGUCCUAUUUCUAACAAUAUCCAUGUGCUUAGCCUCUUUUAAAAAGCUGGCCUUUGUUUGGCUAUCACCAUUAUGAACCGUAGUCAGUGCUGGCAUCAGUAAUAGUGAGAUGAACUAGAAACUAACUGCCUUUGAUGUGAUCUCAUGAGGUAACAUAGAGUCACACAUUUUACUUACCUACACAUGGAAGUAGAAUUUAGUCAAACCAUAUGAUCUAGCUACUAGUUUAUAGAAAAUAGAGGUCGGAGUAACAAGCUAACCAAAAUAAAAUCUAAUAAAUCUUCAGAGUCUGUCAUUUUCCAGAGUAAGGGGUCCAAACUUUUAAAAUGUCAUUCUUCUAAGUAAGAAACAGAAAAAGUAAAACUUCUAUAUUUAAAGACACUAAGAAAAAUAACCAUAUAAAUGCUCUAUGUGUGUGUGUGUGUGUGUACGCGCGCGGCGCAGGGCGCUCUUGUCAGGAUGCAGCGGCUGCUCCUUCCGCCUUUGAAGGCUUUGGUCCGGGAUCCGUGUGUCCGGCUCUUGGUUCCAAGGGCGGCCCCGAGAGCACAGUGUGGUUGCAGCUGUGGCAUUAGGCGCCCUCUGAGGCCAAGGCAACACAGCACCAUCACUGAAGUGGCCUUACAGCCUGGAAAGGGUACAGUGCCUCUUCCUUCAAAGGCUGCUGAGCGGGCAGUGGGCCGAUGGCUCCUUGUGUGCAGUGGAACUGUGGCUGGAGCAGUUAUUCUUGGUGGAAUAACUAGACUGACAGAGUCUGGCCUCUCAAUGGUAGACUGGCAUUUAAUAAAGGAAAUGAAGCCACCUACAAGCCAAGAAGAAUGGGAAGCAGAAUUCCAAAAAUACCAACAAUUUCCAGAAUUUAAAAUCUUGAAUCAUGAUAUGACACUGGCAGAAUUCAAAUUCAUCUGGUACAUGGAGUACUCACACCGAAUGUGGGGUCGAGUUGUAGGCCUUGCAUACAUCCUGCCUGCUGCCUACUUUUGGAGAAAGGGCUGGCUCAGCCAUGGCAUGAAAGGACGUGUUCUUGCCCUCUGUAGCCUCGUGUGCUUCCAGGGUCUGUUAGGGUGGUACAUGGUGAAAAGUGGAUUGGAAGAAAAGCCAGAUUCUUAUGACAUCCCUCGGGUCAGUCAGUACCGCCUUGCUGCCCAUCUGGGAUCGGCCCUGGUUCUUUAUUGUGCUAGCUUGUGGACCUCGCUGUCACUGCUACUUCCUCAGCACAAGUUGCCUGAAACCCGCCAACUCCUAUGGUUGAGACGAUUUGCUGGUGGAACAGCAGGUCUGGUGUUUCUUACAGCUCUCUCAGGGGCUUUUGUGGCAGGGCUAGAUGCUGGACUUGUUUACAACUCCUUCCCCAAAAUGGGAGAAUCUUGGAUUCCAGAAGAUCUCUUUACCUUCUCCCCCAUCCUGAGGAAUGUUUUUGAGAAUCCCACCAUGGUUCAGUUUGAUCACCGGGUUCUGGGAAUCACUUCAGUCACUGCCAUUACAGUGCUCUACUUCCUCUCCCGAAGAAUCCCCCUUCCUCGAAGGACCAAGAUGGCAGCGAUAACCCUGCUGGCUUUGGCAUAUACACAGGCAGCCUUGGGAAUUAGCACUCUGCUGAUGUAUGUUCCAACUCCUUUGGCCGCCACUCACCAGUCAGGCUCCCUGGCUUUGCUUAGUGGUGCCCUUUGGCUCAUGAACGAACUCAGAAGAGUCCCAAAAUAAUUCUCAGAAGAUCAGCUUCCCAAGACUGAAACUGUGCUUCGAGAACACAUCAGAGAGCUCAAGGACUUGGCGUUUUCUACAAUGACCUUGGCAUGCCAAGUGGUUUCCAAAUUGGCCAACUUACUUAAAACUCUUUGCCUGUUUUGAGAUGGUCACUGAAUCAAGAGUGUUAUUAAGUAUGGUUACACUGAAGGUUCCUUUCUAAAUCUGUUAAUUUUUUAUGUUGACAAUCAGGUUUCAUGUAUAAAAAGCAAUGUCUAAUAUUUGCUGCUGCUUAAUAGGCUAUGUUUUGGUGCUUUUAAUAUUAGUAAGAUCUUAGUUAUAUGUAUGACUUCUGUAUCCUUGUGCUCCCAAGUACUGACCACUGGCAUUAACUGUGGAGAGUGACAGACUGGAGAGCAGUUGCCCCAGCUCAGGAGCCAAACCAGCCAGUAAGCCGACUGAGUGCUGGCCUUGUGCUAACUUCCAGCAUCCUUAGACUGUCUAGAUUUUUUAAAAAAGUGAAAUCUAGACUUAUUAACUGUUGGAAAGUCAAGCUUUUUUAUGUCAGGCCCACUUAAUGUGUAGUAGCCAUCUAUGACCUGAGGCUUCCCAUUAGCAAUUUUUGAACUAGAUGGUAUCAUUUCCUUUUCUACUACAAUAUGCUGAAUGUUUUAGUGUGACCUCUCUUAUACCAUUCUCAGAUGUUCUUAGCAAAACCAAGGUAGCCAGUUGUCAUUUAUUUUCCAGAAAUUCCAGACCCUGGUAAGUAGGCUGAAGCUUAGGCGCAGGUCCCAACUUUUCUCAUACUAAGAUCUUUUUAAAAACCACAUUGCCUAGUCUGGCACUAGUAACUCACAUCUGUAAUCCUAGCUGCUCAGGAGACCGAGCUUUGAGGAUCACACUUCAGUCUGAAACCAUCUUUGGCAGACAAAUCUCCAACUAAUCAGCCAAAUGCUGAGGUGUAACUCAAGUGAUAGAAUGCCAGCCUUGAAAGAAAAAGCCAAGGGAGAUUUCAAGGCCUGUGUUAAAGUCCCAUUACCAGUACAGGACAAAAAAAUCUCAAAGCCCCACACCAAUGAAUCCCAACCUCUGGGAGCAGGGGUUUGGCCAGAUUUUAUGUUCCUCACAUGCCUCAUGUACAUACAGUUUCUUACCAAACUGUCAAACUUCCACCCACCCUCCCUAUCUUGUUUAAGAUGCUAUGUUGAUUUGUUUGUAUGACUGUAGGUUAUUAUCCCCUCUAGAUAGAUUGUAGUCAUCUGACAGGUUCCUAUACCAUCACCUUCAGACUCUCAUACCCAGUUGAUCCUUAGCUAAUAACAGACAGCAGAGGGCAGUAUGAUCUAACUCCAAACAGUUCACUCAGAAAAUGGCAACUCUUGGGUAAGUUCAUGUUUCAGAUGUUUUACUUCAUUUUUAUUUAUUACAGUUGAUUAAUAAGUUUGAUCAAACAGACCUCAUAUUUAGCUAUUUAACUGUAUUAUGUUUCCCAUGAGCUCCUGAUGAGUAGCAACUGUCUUAAUUAUUUUUGUAUUUGCCUUUUCUCAGUGUUACCAGUAACAUACUAAAUAUUGAAUGGAGUGCAUGAGCUAAUGGAAAAUGGAAGAUUAUUGAAUAAUGUCCCAAAGGCCUCUUUAAAAAAAAAGUCAUUACAGUUCUAAAGAUUAAAUGAAUUUCCCUCAAUUUUUUCAGAGUUAUCACAAUUCUGGGAAGUUUUUAAAGUUGAAGGAAAUUAAAACAAUCAUUUUCAUCA